CGCCCGGUCAGCUGACUCCUCCCGCCCGGGGCUGCAGCCACCCUCAGUCUGCUGCGUCGGCCCGGCCAGCAGCAGCCCGAGGAGGAGGCUCCGCGCCGCCCGCCGCCGGCCCGGCCAUGGCCUCCCUGCUCUGCUGCGGGCCCAAGCUGGCCGCCUGCGGCAUCGUGCUCAGCGCCUGGGGCGUCAUCAUGCUGAUUCUCCUGGGGAUCUUCUUCAACGUGCACUCGGCGGUUCUCAUAGAAGACGUUCCCUUCACGGAGGAUGAUUUCACGGGCGGCCCGGAGAAGAUCCACCAUCUCUACGAGCAAGUCAGCUACAACUGCUUCAUCGCGGCCGGGCUGUACGUGCUGCUCGGGGGCUUCUCCUUCUGCCAGGUCCGGCUGAACAAGCGCAAGGAGUACAUGGUGCGCUAGGAGGGGCUGCUGCCCCCCGCCCCGGACCCUGCCGGGACCCUCUAUUUAUUAACAGCUCCUCCCUGGGGCCCUGUGGGCUUGGGAGUCGCCCCGCUGGUGGGGGCUUUACCUGGGCCCUGCCAGAGGGCACCCAACCCCCCAUGAUGCUGCUGACCCCCAGCUUUAAGGGAUUGUAAAGGUGGGGGGUCUCCAGUUGGGGGGGGUCAGUCUCCCUAGUUGCUCCCCCAUGUUGCUUUUAGGCUGUGAGUGGGUGAUCGCCCACAGGGCGGGCUCUCCCCCCACCCUCCCCCGUGUGUGGCAGGCUCUGGGCUGGGGGGACGUGUUAUGUUCUGUGCCCCUCACUGUGGAGUGCCCCCAUUGUCUCUCUUUCCAAAUCCCACCCUCCGUUGUCGUCCAUCCCUUCCCCCAUCUCUCUCCGGCAGCUAGGGGUCGGGGAGGGGAGGGGGGGCGGUCGGUAGCAGCUGAGAUGUGUGAGAUGCUGAACUGGGUCUGAUGGGCGGGGGGGAUGGGGGGGCUGUCCUGCAGAGCCACGCCCCCCAGGCUGCGUUGUGAUCUGUGUCCCUUUGUGUCAAGUCUGGCAAUGGUUCCUGCCCAAUAAAACACGUUGGAUCCCC